CAGUCCACAUUUUCAGUGUUUCCAGGCACAUUCGUCAUUUAUACGGCCAUCAAGUUUCCAUCUUGCCUAAUAAUUACACAAUGAUUGUUCUCUGAAGUCUUGAACAAGCAUUAAACCUUUGCAAGGAAACGCCAGCGUUGGGGAAACCUUUGGACUCAUAACCGCCGCCUCGGAUCGCGAUCCGCCCAUGCCGAGCCUGCCGACCUUCGAUCGCGACUCCGGCGAGCAGGAAGCGAUGGGAAUAUUUUACGUUCUUAUGCCGUGUGAUGAAGACGUGUUCCUAAACGUGGAAUAAUGCCACUGGCGCAAAACUGACAGGUUUCGAGCGGGUUCGCCGUUGAUUAUUUUUUUUAACUUGGAAAACCCGGAAAAAAAAGAUUGAAAAUGUUGGGAAAUUCUCGCCCCUUUUCUUACUCCCCACGGGGUUUCCCGGCAGAAGAGCCCCCCCAGUCGAGGUGGGCUUUCCAACAAGAUGACUCCAGGGCGUCGUCACCUCAGAGCUCUCAGAGAAAUGUGUCCAGACCGAGUGCCAAAUCCAUAUACAUGCAGAGAAAGGAGUACUCGGAGGUGCUGACCAGGCAGUCCGACAACCUUAACGUCAGAGUAGAGCACCUGCUCACCUGCGAGCUGGACGGCCAGCAGCUGAGCACGGCGGACGAGUGCGUGGCCAAGCUCAAGAGGCUGAACGCCAAAGGUCGUCUGUGGCCUCAGGAGAUGAUCAUGGAGGCCCAAGGAGGAUACCUGCUGCUCCUCGACAUCGAGAGCAAAGCCGAGCUGGAGGCCCUUCCGCUCAUGAACGUCCAGCAGAGCAAAGCCGUGUUGGACAGCUGCGCUUACGACUCCCUGCUGUUGGUCACCGUCAGGGAACGCAGCAAGCGCUUCCCCCAGGUCUUCAUCUUCCAGUGCGAGGAGACUCGGGCGGAUCUCCUCAAGAGUGACCUAGAUAAGUUGUUCCAAGGGGGAAGGGACCCUAUGGAACCGCGCAGGGAGCAGGCAGUCAUCAGGAGUAACCUGAAUAACAUCAUCGGCCUUCAAGAUCCGGGAAGCUUCCAGCAGCCUGGACCUCGUCCUGCGCAAGAAAGAAGCUCACCGCUGCCCCCGGCGUGGCCUGCCCCGCCGUGGGCUGACAGAGAACCUGACAUUCCUCCUCCUCAUUUUGACCCCCCAGAAGAGGAGGGCAGAUACCGACGUGAUCUCGGCGGACCCCGGAGCAAUCCAGAUGUUGCCGAGAUGACAGACGUUGAGAGGAACACGGAGAUUCUAAACCACGUUUUGGAUGACCUGGAGAUCUUUAUGGGCAAAGUAUUGGCCGCGACGUCGCCCGCUUUCGACAAAAGCAAAAACAAAGGCGGGUUUGUCAAAAAGAGCCCCUCCCAAAGCCGAGCUGCCCGUCUGCCCCCUUCCCAGGAAUUUGUCUCCUGCCUUCAGAAAAUUAAAUACGGAUUCAAUCUGUUGGCUCAACUUGACGGCUUGCUGGUCAACACCAGCGCGCCCGAAUAUGUCCACUACCUCUUCAACAGUUUAGCAACGAUCGUGCCUCACUACCAUUCCCACCUGCCCCCGACCGUCGUCUCACCACUGCUGACGGAGGCAACUCUGCGGUUGCUCAGGCAGGCGGUCAGCCCGGAAGAGGGCAAACUCUGGAGGUCUCUGGGAGGGUGGAACAUCCCCAGGUCUCGAUGGCCCGAUGACGACGUCCCACCUUACGUCCCGGAGUUCUACGACGGUUGGCGGCCUCCUGCCCCUCCGACCAAGCCCGCCCAACUCCCUUUUCAGAACGGAAAACUGAGCAGGAGCAGCAGCCAGCGCUUACCCCCGGGACGACCCGACGGUCGCGCCAAGGAGGGUCGCGAUCACGUGCGGGUCAUGUAUGACUUCAUGGCUCGCAACAACAGGGAGCUCAGUGUUCUGAAGGGGGAAGUGGUUGAGGUGGUUCAGAGGUCCAAGCAAUGGUGGCUUGUCCGCAACAACCGCGGGGUGGAAGGCAACGUUCCCCAGAACGUUCUGGAACCCGUGAGGAGCGGAUUGCCAGCGGAGGAAGUGCGCCCCCUAACCCGCGCCGGCCCCCCGACUCUCGACAUGGUCUCCUCGCCUGCAGAAGUCAGAGCGUGGCUGCAGUACAAAGGCUUCUCCAAAGUCACCGUGGGCAGCCUCGGGGUGCUGACUGGCAAAAUGCUGCUCCAGAUGGGAAAAGAUGACAUGAGGACCGUGUGUCCGGAAGAAGGAGCCAAGGUCUUCUUCCAGCUUCAGGCCAUUAAAUCAGCGAUUGCGCUUGCGAGUGAACCACCUGGCCCGUGCGUUCCCUACUAACGACCAAGUCCGAGGAUUUUUCUCCACGAUAGUCAUCCACUAAUCAAUAUGGAUUUUUGUGUAAUUUUUUUUUUUUUGGUGCCGUCAAUCUUGCGAAUCUUGCUUGUGUAAGUGUAUGCACAAACUUAAUUGCAGAUAUUUAUCAAAAAGGAAAAAAAAAAAAAAAUCAAAUGAUAAUCUAGGGAAAAAAAAAAAGCAUUGCUGGACACCAAGUCAUUUAUGGCAAGAUAGACGUAAAGAAUAAAGUUGCAAACUGCGAAAGAGAUCACGUUUAAUCUGCUGAACGCCGCCACGUUUAACAGGUCUCGAAAAGCGGCUUUUCAAAAUGUCAGCAUUAUCUUCGGAAUCCAAUCCACAAAUGUAGUACUGGAUACGGGAAGACUGUUUUGGACGACUGUAGAAUUUUGCUGAAGAUUAUUUGUACUUUAUUUCUUGGGACUUCUUUACUCUUUCUUGUUGCCCCAUUUGGCCAUCUUGUUGUUGACGGGGGUCUUCAUGAAUCUGUUCGAUUUCAUGUAGGCGGCAAUCUUCUCGAGUCCCU